AUGACAACCCAGCGCCAGCGAACUGCGCUAGACCAGGAUGCGCUCAUUGUCGAGAAGCUGAGUGGGGAUCCCGAGCUGCUGGAUCGUUUUCUACAAGUACGAGAGGCUUCAGGAAAACACAGUGGUAUUGCCAGAGAAGGUAAUAGACGCUCAACGGAUCUGGACGCUGAAGAGAAACGUGCACCAGAGAAACGAGUGGCGCCGACGUCUAAGUACGGAUUUGUUCCAAGAGAAGACCAGCAACGUGUACAUGAGCGCGCGACGGCAGUGCGACAUAAAGGUAAGCAACCCACUGCGUUUUGCAAAGGUUUGAUUCGGUCCAAGCACGUGAAGUUCAAGCCGCUACCUGGUGUUUGUACAAGGUUGUUUGAUCUUCAAUUCGGGUCAAGUGGACUUUCCAUUUGUCAUUUUGCUCUAUUAUCGCAAGAUGACAGGAUGGCAUGGCAUGCAGAAGGUGGAUCUAAUUUUGACAAUCUCUCCGCAUCGGCAGAAUCCAGUGCAGCUAAACCGGCGACCAGUGUUAAUGAGGUGGUCGAUGCUGCAAGAGUGUUCCUCACCUAUACUCGAGAGUACUGCUGUGCUGAACAAGUUGAGCUCGUCGAAAGAAUCGUGGAGCUCACUGAAGAGACACUCAUGCGGGUGAAGUGGAGCGAAGUAGAGGUGGCGUCACUAGUAUACUGGAUUAAUGACCUACUAGAAGAAUUUCGUGGUGCAGCUGAGAAUGGGGACGACCUCAGACAAGUACGCACGCGCUGCUCAACCGACGAUCGUUUGCUCAAGGUCUUGAUGUUUAUGAAAGUGCACCGGCAAGUGGACGCUCUCCGCGCUGAGACUGUGGCUGAAAAUGCGCGGUGCCAAGAGCAAAGGCCCGCGGCUGCAUCACGUCAACAACCGUCGUUGGCGGAGAAGAAACGAUUAGGGCGCAUUCCAACAGAUGUCCUGAGACGGCUACCUGUUCAGGUGGACCCGGCCACAGGCGAAACGACUGCGUUAUGUAUGCGGUACUUAUCGAAGUACGGCUGCACCGAAAAAGACGGCGCCUGCCCGAGCGAGCAUGGACACUUCAUACCUAUUACGUUGCACGAUGUGGUGAAGGCUGAGAUAAACAAGCGUUUCGGAGGCCUUAACAACGAACAUAAGCGGCUCUGAAGGCCAGCGAAGGGAUCGGCUGUGGCUUCUCAAGUUUGUCGUUCAACACAGCAAUCUCUUCCCGCAUUGCAUCAACCAAUAUCGAGUUCGACUAUUCCAACUGGAAUCGCACACAUUAAGAGGGAAUGUCUUCCGUGCUACGGUCAUUUACAGAGUACAAAGAGCAAGAAGGACGCAAAGGCCUGUUCCCGAUCGUUGGCACCGAAUGUUGCUUCGGCGAUAUCGAGCAGUGCGCUAGACGGGGGAGGUCCGGGUGGGCGUCCGUUGAGGCCCUGUACAGAGGUAAAAUCAACCAUUACUGGUCCGAAGAAUAUUUCCGUCCAAGAAAAUACUACGAGAAGGACCGUGCGAAACUUUGUCGGCGAUUCAUUUGACAAUCAGUCUGGGGCAGCGAUUAGGGCACAGUCGUUGUCCCAAAAGGCAAGUUAUGGGUUAAAAGCACUAACGUUAGAGUCCGCCAGAACGAUACAACCCGUAUUGGAGCCAACAUUGCUUCGAGAGGAAUGCCAAAUAUCGGCUAGUCAUCGAAAGCGUGGUUUUGUACGAGAACUUCGAGCAGAAUCACCGGCGUACACGAUCGACAAAUGCGCUUGCGAGUAGCUUUCCAAAAUCAUUCGUCGAGAUAAACUGAGCUUACUUGAAACUACUCGCUUUUUACGAGGCGAAGACAUUGGAGAUGGCAGACCGAAUAAAGCAUUGAAUCCUUAUCGACUGCGAACGGUAUUAUAUGGGUACCCUCACUUGGACCCUCUAAUUAAAAUAGCAGAGCACGGCAUUGACGUGGAAUGGAGAUCCGGACCAGAGGCACGACGACCACCGCCAAACAAUCACGGAUCGUGCCGACGGCAUUUACGUGCGGUAUCUUGAAGCAUUCGCGACGGCCAAGACUCAGGGCAGUACAUGGUUGUUGAUAUCGAUUUAAUGGAUCACUGGCCUGAAGUUGUGUACGGCCCACUUGGAGCCGUCGAAAAGAAGGACGCCGACCCAAACGAGGAAGUGCGAACAAUUCAUGACCUCUCUUUCCCUAAGUACGACUCCGUGAAUUCGUCAUUUAUAACGGAUUCGGUGCCACGAGUUUGUUACGAGUCCGUCGUCCGGAUUGCUCGUCGAAUUGAGAAUUUGGCUAACUACGGUUAUGAGGGGCGUAUUUUCAUGUUGAAGGGCGAUGUGAAAGGUGCUUUUCGCCUCUUACGUGUUCGGGCGAAUCAAGUUUUUCGUAUCGUUGCUUGCUUUAAAGAACUGGGUAUUAUCAUCAUUGAUAUGGCGGCACCGUUUGGAUGGGCAGGGUCUCCCCCAUGCUACGCGUUAUUUGGACGUGCCAUUUUGGCUGAUGGCCGCAAAUUCGCCUGCAACAGUGUCGGAGUCGGAG